AGAACCAGUGUUCUUCUAAGGCAGAGAAGGCAUGACAGGGUCUUGCCUUGGUGGCUACAGAGUAUGGUCACUCUGCUGGGCCCUCAUCCCUAACUCCUCUUCCUCAUUAAUCUUCCAGGCAGGCUCUCGAGUUCCCCCUGAGACACCGCUGCCCUCCACCGAGAUGUCACGGCACCACAGCCGGUUUGAAAGAGAUUACCGUGUCGGGUGGGAUCGCAGGGACUGGAGCUCCAACGGGACCCACGUGGGCAGCACCAGCUGCAGCAGUGCCAGCACCACCAGCAGCUCCCGGCCCGGGCUGCUCCCCCUGCCCAUCGUCCCCACUCGCCUCCCUGCCCCGGCCACCGCCGCCUGCACCACCGGCAACAGCGAUGUCAUCACCAGCCUGGUGGCCAACUCCUCCCCAGCUUCCAGUACCAAAACACCUUGCAUUUCCAAGACUGAAAAUCAGCCUCAAGGACUUGCAACAAGCGUCAGGUGGGGACAGACACCCAUCAAUCAGUCCACGCCCUGGGACACUGAUGAGCCUCCAUCUAAACAGAUGAGGGAGAAUGAAAACCCAGGUGCAGCGCCCUGGGUCACCACGGUGGCGGCGGGCAGCCAGCCCGCGCUCAUCACACACUCCUACGGGAUGACACAGCCGCCCACCUUCAGCCCAGCCGCCAACGUCCAGGCCCCUGUCAUCGGCGUCACACCCUCCCUCCCGCCGCACGUCACCCCCCAGCUCCCGUUGAUGCCAGGCCACUACCAGCUCCAGCCGCAGCCCUCCCAGCCCCUCAGCAGCAUGGUGGUCAACCUGCAGAGCCAGCCCUUGUACACCAACAGCCAGCCCCUCAGCAUGUCCUCCAUGAGCGGCGUGGGCCCGGUGGCCCACCCAGGCCCCGCGGCGGUGGGCAACGGCCACCUGGCCUGCCCCAUGCUGCCGCCGCCGCCGCCGGCCCUGCCCUCGGCCGCCCUGCCCAGCGGCGCGCCCGCCACCAACGGGCAGGCGGCUGCCCCGCUGCCCCCCAACGCGGCCGCGGUGGGAGGCCCGGACAACACCAACGGGGUGCAGAUGCUGCGGACGAUCGGCGUGGGGAAGUACGAGUUCACGGACCCCUGGCACCCCAAAGAAAUGUUGAAGGAGUUGAACCAGCAACGCAGAGCGAAAGAGUUUACAGACCUGAAAAUUAUUGUUGAAGGCAAAGAGUUUGAAGUCCACCAAAAUGUUCUAGCUUCCUGCAGCUUGUAUUUCAAGGACCUGAUUAAAAGGUCACCACGAGACAGCAGCAGAAGCGGGGAGAAGCUGGAACUGGCCAUGUCCAACCUCACUGCGGAUGUCCUGGAGUUACUCCUGGAAUUUGUUUAUACAGGUUCUUUGAUCAUAGAUUCAGCCAAUGCAAAAACACUACUGGAAGCUGCCAGCAAGUUCCAGUUUCAUACUUUCUGUAAAGUCUGCGUUUCAUUUCUAGAAAAACAGCUGACUGCUAGCAACUGCUUAGGAAUAUUAGCCAUGGCUGAAGCCAUGCAGUGCACUGAACUAUACAACAUGGCCAAAGCUUAUGCCCUGCAAAUUUUCCCAGAGGUGGCAAACCAAGAAGAGAUCCUUAAUAUCUCAAAAGACGACUUCAUUUCCUACAUGUCCAAUGACAGCCUGAACACCAAAGCAGAGGAGCUGGUGUAUGAAACAGUGAUAAAGUGGAUUAAGAAGGACGCUGCAAUCAGAGCUCAGUAUGCUGCAGAGCUGUUGGCAGUGGUGCGGCUCCCCUUCAUCCAUCCCAGCUAUCUCCUGAAUGUUGUUGACAAUGAGGAGUUGAUAAAGUCUUCGGAGGCUUGCCGGGAUCUGGUGAACGAAGCCAAACGUUAUCACAUGCUGCCACACGCCCGCCAGGAGAUGCAGACACCAAGGACCCGGCCCAGGCUCUCUGCAGGAGUAGCCGAGGUAAUAGUCUUAGUUGGGGGUCGCCAGAUGAUUGGCAUGAACCAACGUGCUUUAACAGCAGUCACUUGCUUAAAUCCUCAAAACAACAAGUGGUACCCACUGGCCAGCCUGCCCUUCUAUGAUCGAGAGUUUUUCAGCGUGGUCAGCGCUGGAGACAACAUCUAUCUCUCAGGCGGCAUGGAGUCGGGUGUCACGCUGGCUGAUGUCUGGUGUUACAUGUCCUUGCUCGAUAACUGGAACCUCGUGUCCCGCAUGACAGUCCCAAGGUGUCGACAUAACAGUCUGGUGUACGAUGGCAAAAUUUAUACCAUUGGAGGGGUCGGUGUGGCAGGCAACGUUGACCAUGUGGAAAGGUACGACACCAUCACCAACCAGUGGGAGACCAUCGCCCCCCUGCCCAAGGCCGUGCACUCGGCUGCGGCCACCGUGUGCGGGGGCAAGAUCUACGUCUUUGGAGGGGUGAACGAGGCCGGCCGAGCCGCGGGAGUCCUGCAGUCCUACAUCCCCCAGACCAACACGUGGAGUUUCAUUGAGUCCCCGAUGAUCGAUAACAAAUAUGCUCCUGCAGUCACUCUCAAUGGGUUCAUCUUUAUUCUUGGAGGAGCUUAUGCACGAGCAACCACCAUCUAUGACCCAGAGAAAGGCAAUAUUAAAGCAGGUCCCAACAUGAACCACUCCAGGCAGUUCUGCAGUGCUGUGGUUCUGGAUGGAAAAAUCUAUGCUACUGGUGGGAUCGUCAGCAGUGAAGGACCUGCUCUGGGAAACAUGGAAGCCUACGACCCUAAAACAAAUACAUGGACACUUCUACCAAAUAUGCCCUGCCCUGUUUUCCGACACGGCUGCGUAGCAAUCAAGAAGUAUAUUCAGAGUGGCUGAUGUUCCCCAGGAGUUGGAUGGAGAACUGUUUGUACCUGCUGAUAAAAGGCAAAACGAAUACUAUUACU